AAUUCAGAGGAAACGGAGUAUUUCUCUGAAACAUUGGCUGCCGAACAAUUCUCACAAUAUGCUCCCACACCACCAACAGCAGCAGCUGCAGCAGCCGCCGCAACACUGCCACCGCCACCAAUACAACACCAGCAACACAACACGGCGGCAAUUAUAUCCAGCAAUCAGGCAGCUAGCGCCAGUAAUACACACAUUUAUAGUAGCCAACAACAGGUGGCAGCACAGCAGCAGCAGCAUCAGCGGCAACAACAACAGCAACAACAGCACAACACUCAAAGUCACAAUCACAGACAACAAACACACGAACCGACACAGCAACAGCAACUGCAACUGCAACAGCAACAACAAACCCAAACACAUCAACACCAUCCACACUAUCAGCCACCACCACAACCACAAUCACAACAACACUCACAUCAACAGCAAAUACACCAACUACAACAUCAGUUGUAUCAAGCUCAACAACAAGCCACACAACAGCAACACUAUCCACAACAUACACAGCAACAGCAACACCAACAACAACAACAACAUGAACAAUAUCAACAUUACCAGCAGCCACAGGCGCUGCGGCAACAAUAUCAACUGCAUCAGCAGCAAUUGUUGAAGCAACAACAGCAGCAACACCAUCACCAACACCAACAACAAUUGUUGCAACAGCAACAGCAACAACAACCAAUUAAACAAACAUCACAUUUGUAUCCAACAGCGGCCGCAAACCAUUCAUCCCAGCAGCAGCAGCAGCAGCAGCAGCAGCAGCAGCAGCAGCCGCCGUCGAACACCUACAACCAGCUGCGCUCAGCAAUUUUGCAGAAUUCUCAUCACCCAACUGGUGGCGCGCAAGCAGCUCAUCUCAACGAAAAUGUAACCAACGCCGGCGGCGGUGGUGGCGGCUAUAGCAGCGGCGGCAUGACCAACCAUGCAACCGGAGGCGGCGGCACUUACGAUCAAUACGACAACUACACACGUGCCGCUGCGGUCAAUAACAACAACUUGACUUAUCAGCAGCAACAGCAACAACAACAGGCACAAUCACAGUCACAGUCACAGUCACAGUCACAAAAGGCCGCCUCUUAUCACAGCAACAGCAAUUCGGCUAGCGCUGCUAAUGCCAACAAUGGCGCUAGCGCUGGCAGUGGCAGCGGCGUGCCUCAAACUACACAACAACUAUACGCCAGCAACAACUAUAACAGUCACUUUUCGUCGAGCACUUCAUUGGGCGGGGCAACAGGCAAUUUGGCGCAUCACAACAGCAACGGCACCGUUAGUACCGGUGCUGGCGUUGGCGGCAGCAACAGCAACAGCAAUCACUCGCACAGUCACAGUCACACAAGCGCCGGUGGGCUGGUAAAUAAUGGCAGUGCAACAGCUGUGGCGGUGAACAGCAUUGGCAAAAUCGCCGACUAUGAUCCGUUGACCGAUGGACCACGUCCCAUGCCGAACACCGGAAGACCCAGCACAACGCUCAUUUACAGCUCGGAUAGUCGCGGUUCGGGUGAGUGUAGCGCUAGUGGUGUAGCGUAAGCUAUAAAGUGUAAA